CAAGUUGUUUAGGAUCAAGCUUGAGAACCAGAAUCAGUUAGCAAGUAGUCCAUCCUAGUGUACUAGAAGUUUUUACUCCAUCUCUCAAACACGCGCUGACACCAUCAUGUUAGCGCGUGCCCUGAAUCCCGCAGUGUUGCGGACGCAAGGUCUGCGGAGACAAGCUAUGCGAGCACUUCCCAUCGGAGGACAGACGCGAAACACAACCUGCAUGUCUAAUUGUGGCCGCUAUCUGCCCGACUCGCCUGUGCCGGUUUUCUACAACAGCUACUUAUGGCGAGCAGAGGUUUCCUAUUCAUGUAUGUUCUAGCAGUCGUUUAUAAUAAGUAGAACUCAACGCCGGCUACUUGAUAUUUAUGGUGAGAACGAAGUAGUUCCAUAUUAUUUUACAAGAAGAUUCUUUAUCUUUCACAAAUGCAGUUAGUACUCAAUAUACUAGAAGAAGAUAUUUAUAGCAGGUAGAAGAUAUUUUAUAGCAAGAAAUGCACUUAGUGCUCAAUAUGGUGAGAAGUUUCAUGCUUAAUUUGUUGUGAGAGCACAUCAAGUCAAUGUUGAAUCCGAUUACUAUAAUUUGGUGAUACUUCCUGGACUUCUAUCUAUGAAAUUAGAGUAGUAUGUGUCAUGUGUGACACUUCACGUUAAGGAAGGUAUGAUUUUCUUUCUCUACAGUGCUGCACAGCACCAUGUACAACUGCUACUGCUCCUCACAUAGAUUAGUACGUUUGAUAUCAUAAGCCGCGUUGACGAUUAAGAUCAAGAUCAAGGUCAUUCUAUCGGUAUGUAUCACCCUGCUUUCAUACCUUUUCGAUCGCGGGCAUCCCGACAAUCGUGCUGAGACGUAUCAAAUGCUGGACGCCCACGUAGCGCCUCACAGUGUGGCUAUUUUGGUUAUGAACAAACAGAAGUAGAUAUUUGUGUAUCAGACUGGUAAGCGGAUUUCAAUUUGAUAGGUCUAGGUGUUGUAAAUUUAGGCCAUGUUCAAGCACUGAGUAGUUCUCCGCUUCAAAGCCUGCCACACUGGUUGUUCAGUAGUAGAAAAAUUAGAAUUCAUUGUCUCGUGCAUCUUCGUCGACAGUUCCAAAAAGAAUUGAUGAUACCACCAAGCUGUCCUCUAAGUCCCACGACCAGCCUACCUUACAAGAGUGGCGAGCACAGUUGGAAAAAGAGGGUAAACGCGAUCCUUUCUGGUACAUGACUCCCGAAGAUUAUGGCUUUUUUCACGCUUGAAAUAGAGAUCCUAACACUUUCUGGUUGUAUAUGACGCCUGAAGAUUGAGACAUAGAUGAAAUAGAGAGCAAAAUAGCAUAGUGAUAGUCCUGUGGUUGAUGUCGUCGAGGUAGUAUCAUCUAUCAUCACGAGGACAUCAAGAUCAACACACAGCGUUGUCAUUAUAGGCUGGAUCUUUUCUCAUCUUCACAUCAUGACUAAACGCGAUCUUUCCUUAAUGACCAGCUAAGACGCAAUACUGGUGUUAUUAUCUAUAUUAAAUAAGUAAAAGUAAACAAAAACGAAUUUCAAUUUUAAGGGUUAAAAAAGCGUAGACUUAUGGCUUGGGGUGUACAGAAAUCAUGGGGGAGGUGUAAGGGGUAGACGUAUACGCCUCGGGCGUAUCUUCGACGAUAUAUAUUCUGCACGGAAAUCAUGGAAAAGGUGCACUCUAGUGAUGUACCCGCACCGGGGUGAUUCGUGGAGCUUUUUUUCUCUCUUGUUUUCUAAGGUGUAUGCAAAUCAUGGGAGAGAUGUACUCCGAGGCGUAUCCGUCUUUUUUCGUAAAGAUUCAUUGAUUUCCCGUGCAUCUUUUGCAUGAUCUUGCCCCUGAUAAGGAUCGUGAUGGUCGUAGCCUACAUUUCUGGGCCGUACUUGCUAACAGUAGCUUGCUUGCUGGGCGUAGCUUGCUGGCCGAGUAUAGCUCUCUCGCUGGGCAUGGCUUGCCUGUAGCUUGUUUGCUAGGCAUAGCUUGCCUGGUACGCGUAGCUCGCUUGCUGAGAGUGUCUUGCUUGCUCAGCAUCCAUAGCUUGCUCGCUAAGCAUAGACAUAGAGAGCUGGCCUGCUAAGUGUAGCUUUCUUGCUCAGAGUAGCUGCCUUACUGGGCAGAGCUGACUCGCUGGGCGUCGCUGCCUUGCUGGGCAUUCAUAGCGUGCCUGCUGAGCGCCGCCGGGUUGCUAAGCUUAGCUGGCUUGCUAGGCGUAGCUGGCUUGCUAAGCGUAGCUGGCUUUCUAAGCGUAGUCGGCUUGGUAAGCGUAGCUGGCUUGUUAAGCGUAGCUGGCUGGCUACACGUAGCUGGCUUGCUGAGCAUAGCGCGCCUGCUAAGCAUAGCCUUCGUGCUCAGCUUAGCUUGCCUGUUACGCAUAGGCUGCGCGUUAACUUCUCUUAGCUCGCUUGCUAAGCAUAGGUUUAUCGCUAAGCAAAGCUUGCCCGCUUGGCAUGGCUUGCUUGCGUGCUGGGCUCAACUUGCCUGCUGAGCAUAGUUCGCUUGGUAGUAGGCGUAGCUUGCUUGGUAGGCGUAGCCUCCUUGCUAGGUGUGUUGUAGCUUGCUGUCUAGCCUAAGCUAGCGCAGCUUGGUUGCUGGCUGAGCGUAACUCGCUGGCUACGCAUGGCCUACGUGCUACGCAUAGCGUGGCUGCUGAGCUGAGCGGCGUCCAUGAUCGGCAUCGCUUGCUUGCUAGUCAUCCAUAGCUUGCCUGCCACGCUCAGCUUGCUCGCCAGGCAUAGCUUGCCUGCGAGUGAUAACUUGCUUGCUAGGCAUAGCUUGCGCGCUGCGCUUGUGCUCGGCGUAGCGUUCUUGCUAAGCGUGAUUCGCUUGCUAAGCGUAGCUUACUAAGGUGCUGCCAGUAUAAAUGUAUCACGGAAAUGCGUGAAGCACGUAACUCCUUUACUCGAUUCGCGUCUCGUUUGUCUUCACGUCAUGCGUAGCACGCCGGUAUGCCGUUGUAAGUCUGAAGUGUAGCUGGUAGAAUUUGCAAGGCCUUACCGCCUUGCCCCGGCGUGUGUACACGCCGGGGGCGCGUGGGCGGCAAUGAUUAUUAUCCCAUAAAAAAGAGCGCCGCCUUUCUGCAUCGCAUGGAGAGCGCCGUCUCUCCUCUUCAUUCUGAUUUUUAGUAAUACAAUCGCCAUUGACACCAUCUGAAGUAGGAUAUUACAGAGAAUCCUGCUGACUUCUAAGAAAAGCGCUCUGAUUACUGCGAUGCGACUCGCGAGUAUGCGAUUCAAUUAUGGCGUGGGUGACUUCCAUCUUAUCCAGCUGGUCUUAUAUCUGGCAUGUUUAAAUGUUUUUCAUCCCUGCUUCCUUUCUUCUACAAGCAGCCCAGUGUUGAUGGUGGAAAGGGUCUAUUGGGAUCUCUUGUGAAAGUUCUACAAUUCCAGCUUCUAUCAUCAUCGGUAUUAUAUUGAUUUCGUUAUACUGUUGUAAGUCCUCUUGCUGUUCUAACCUAAAGCACGUAUCACGGUGCGCGUUACAGUAGCGAAAACGUUGCUGCUUUUUACGGACGAGCAGGCGGUGACGUUACCUCCAGAUGGGCUAGGAUCUUGUUAAGACAAUUUCUCUUGUUCAGGAAAGUUAAAUGUUAUAAUUUGAGGAUCUUGUAGGGUGUAGAAUUUGCAAUAGAGUUCACGUAGGAAUACGCUUACCGAUAUGUGGGGGCAUGUAACUGAUACGGUCUGCUUCUCCGGAGAUUUUGGAAAAACAACGCUGGCGCUUUCGCCUUGUCAAAGCGUCGAGCGUGGCCCACCGUGGUGGGGCGUUGGUGGGGCAUGUCCUCGCGGUAGAGCAUUGGCGCGGUGCAUGCAUCGGGAGGAUGACGAAGCGAAGCGGUCGGCUUUUGCAAAAUUCGCAUGAAAAGCGGCCGCCGCUGGUGGCGUGGGCUCUGUCAGUCGACACGGCUCCGCGGCUUCUAGCGUGAGGGCUUUGCCAGGGCUUUGGCUGUUGGCGGGGCCGCCUUUCCUCCGCCGCGAGCGUCUGGGAUUUUCCGCCGCUUUGUCCUUGUCCUGUCUGAGUGGGUGGAGCAGUCCACUUCCCACUCACGUGGGCCCGCUUUUCUGCCAUUUUUUGGGGAAAGCGAACGGAAAGGGCAGCCAGCCGCGUGGGCCUCGUCUUCUGGCUCUCUACUACUUUGUUGCAGUCGCUCGUCUUGGUUGGUCGUGGGUGCUGCUGUUGAUGCUGCUUGGUGGGUUCGGCAUCGGUCUACCGGGUUCGCCCGCUGGCGUGCGCAGUGCUUGGGAGUUUUUCUGCAGGCGUGGCCGCUGUGUGGUGGGCUGCGUUGUUCGUGGUGUUGCUUGUGUUGUGGCUCGUCGUCAGUCUUCGCCAGGUCUUUGCGGCGGCCGCUUUUCGGAUCGUUUUCGGGUGACAGCUGCAGGAAAGAGCGGACAGCGCGUCCCUUGGUCGUCUUCGGUUUUCCUUGCUCGCUUGUACUUCUUUCGUUCCAUGCAGGCGCGCUGCAGUUUCAUUUUGGUGCGCUGGCCGCUUCCUUGGUCAGGUAUGGGGAGGCAGGGUUCGUCGUGUUCGAGGGGCUUGCUCGCCUUCGGCUGCUGUGCACCAACUUCUCUUGGGCGCGGGGGUUGCUCGGGUCUGCGCUUGAAGCGGUGCCAGCGCUUUGAAGAGUGUCUGCGCUUGGCGGCUUGCGUCGUGUCUUUUCGGGUCUCUUUCGAGAAGUAUGACAAGAAAGCCGAGGUCGUGUGGCUGGUCGGUUCUUUGUUUGCUUUGUCAGCUUGAUGCUCAUCCAGGGGACAGGCAGCUAGCUUGGCCCACCCAGGGCGUGGCUUGGGCUUGGUCUUUCUGGUGUGGUGUUUGGGGUUUCCUCGUGGCAUGCAGCUGCGGCAGCGGCUUGCUAAUUCGCUGGGACGUUAGGUGCCUCUGCGUGAUGGUGGUUCGCAGGAGUGCGCCGUCCCGUCAGUCUCCUGUCUGUAGCAGACACGCAGAAGCAGGAACCUGGCCUCAGGUUCUUGCCUCUGCAUGUCGACUACAGUCUCCUGAGAUGCAAAAAAAUGUAACGGAUACGCAGCAGAUAUAUAACAGACUGGGCACUUUUGGGUGCGAAUCUGAACGCGAAGCAGGCACGGCGGCACUCCAAGUGCUUGGGUGCUCGUUUUUGCUUUGCGCUUGGCCGUAUCUGUUACGGAUCUGUUACAACAUAUUUCCACAUCUCGGGGAACUGUAGUCGACACGCAAAGAGAGGAAGCUGGCGCCAGUUUCGUGCCUCUGGUUCUGCAUGUCUGCUACAGACAGUGGGCUUGGGUUGCGUACCUCCACAGACCUUGGUGCGCCUGCCAGUGCGGUAGGGCGCCAUUGCCGACGGGGGAGACCUCAGGGACCACCUCAAAGGCUGCGCGCGCUGUGUGAUGUCAUGCUUACUAGAAGGCGCACGCCGGCACCCGUGUGGCACGCUGAUGAAGGGGGAGGCAGUGCAGGAGGGUAGGAGCAAGCGGAACGGGCUCCCCUCGCCUCCUUGGGGUCCCCCGGAGAGGUGGCGGGCGCUGGUCUGGCCUCUCUCUGCGGGGUCGAGUAGGGGCGGCCCCUUAUCUUAAAGAGGGCAACCCUCUUAAGUAGGUAAAACGGCGGCAGGGAUGAGAUGGCAUCCCGCCCCAGCCGAUCGGUGGGCUUACAUCAUCACCAUCGUCACCUGUAUGGCACGCAGCAGACCGCGGCUGGACGGGCUUGCCCCCCCUGCCCUUUUUGGUUCGGUUUCUUUUGCAAAGAAUGAGAGGAAUGGGAGCGCCACAGCGGAAGGGGCACCUACCUAGGCAGAGGCAUGACACAUGCAGCGGCUUGGCGCCUUCCACUCUGAGACGGCUGCAUGGGCAAGCCGCUGCGAAGUGGUGCGAGCGGGGGGGCGAGGCUGCGUGCUGGGGUGGUGUCAGUGUGUGCAAGCAGUCUGCCCGGGGCUGGGUACUCUAUGCACCCAACACAACAGAGAACAGGCACGGAGGCAACGAAGCACCCGACGCGCCUGCGGUUUGGUUGGGUUUCCUUGUGGUUUUCCGCGAAUCCUCGAAGGGAAGCAGCCCCGCGCCGGUGCAUGCCGUGCUGCGCAGCGCUCUGGCAAAGGGUUGGCUGUGGCGCAUUCGUCGCAGACCGGUGGGUGGCAGUAGUCGCCUGGCGUGGGGGUGGGUGUGUGGUUGUUGCGGGUCUUUUCGGUCGAUCUGGAUGCGGCGGGGGACUCUGUAGCGCCAACCAAACACGCCCACGUAUGCACACGGCUGAGACAGUGAGGGGCCACAGACGGCGCUGCCAGUCAAAGGGCGGGCCGCAGCCUAGCCCGCAGCCAGGGAGCCAGAAGACACACCCUCCCACACACGCGUCGCCUUUUUCUGUAUCCUUUUUCAAAAAGCAGGUUGACGGGAGCCCCGUCUGAGCUCUGGGGUGGUACAUAGAGCAUGCACCCACGGCGUGGCGGGCUGUUCUGAUUGUGAAGCAAGGUGAGCUCGUUCGUGUUGUGUCGUGGGUGUCGUGUGUUUGCCUGGGUUGCAGGCGGCGGCCGGCGCCGUCUGUGGGCAAAAGGGAGGUUGCGAGGAGCCGCGCGGACCGCGCUGAGGGUGCGGCGGGUGUCUGUUGUGUGCCUGCGCCUGACAGCUCGGGCCGCUUUCCUUUGUGUUUUUCUGGAAAUAAAAGUGAGCGGAAAGGGCGCCUGCGCCUCCUGUGGGUUGGUGGGGACAGGGAGCGUGGCGCUGGGUGGGUCGGCGAGGGCUCGGGGUGUCUAUCACCGUAUCGACUGCGCGUCUCGUGUGUAUUUUUAUUUACAUAUCGGCGACAAGAUUCUUGUAACUCGGUCGUAAGAGUUACUCUUAUGCUUCUCUGAAAAGAAAGCCCCUUGUUAGCUAUUUUGUUUGGUAUAGUAUUGUGGGGGCCUGUUUCGUCCCGGACGGCGCGGCCUGGCCGCGGAGCCGCGGACCUUCAAUCUUAACCUUAACCCUAGUGAGGUGCCCUUUCUUGCAUGAAGGCAGUGAGAAUAAGUUACCUCCAGAUGGGCUAGGGUUUUGUUGAGAAUUGCAAUUUCUCUUGUUCAAGAAAGUUAAAGAACAUCUCUUCAAAGGUUGCAGAGGAGGAGCUAUCAAUACAUGUCGAGUAGCAAGAAGGUUCUCUCUUACUUGUCCAGCAUACAAGUAAGUAGUACAACUAAAUAGUUAUAGUGCAGAGGACUGAAGAAUGUCUGAAAAUUUCGUUCGCUCUUUGAUCCUUGCAGAAAGAACCACCUGCAGAAAGGACAUAGACUUAGAGAUGACGCAAAACCCAAAAGGUUUAUUGGUCUCUAAGCUCGGAGCUUAUAGACCAAACUAGAUGUAAAUGAAGUCAUGCUAUGUGCUGCAUACGCACCUAAGAACCUAACUGAGUCGAUGUUUAAAAUUGGUGCAGUUCAAGAAGAUCUUCUCGUAAACAAGAGGCAGCUCCUCACUGUCAAUCACUUCAAGUACAGGGUUAGUACUGUUGUACUUCAAUUGUUCAUCUCUAAUCCCCCUAGCUAUGAAACCAUACGUGGAUAUGCGUACUGUUGUACUUCAAUUGUUCUAAUCCCCCUAGCUAUGAAACCAUACGUGGAUAUGCGCUGGUUUGGCUGGAUACCACUUAUUACGCAGCACGAAAACGUUUCCUUCUUCAGUCGCUGGAUGUACCUGCCUUGGCUUUUGACUGUCGGUACUGUGAUAUCUUUAACGAUGAACGAGGAUGAACACUAGUGUACCUUUUCCGAUAUCUUUAUAUAGUGUACUUUGCGGUGAAUAUAGUGUACUGUGAUAUCUUUAUAUAGUGUACCUUUUGCGAUACUAGUGUACCUUUUGACUUUAAGGUCAGCCUUACAUUUCUAGAUCUAGCACAGAGUGCCAGAGCUCGACGUGCAGGAUCCAUGACCGAACCGAACUUGCACUUCUAGAUCUAGUACAGAUGAUAAUGUUGUUGUCUUGUCCCCGCUUCGAAUACACGCUCGAUUCUAGUCCAGUGGCAGUAUGUAAACAUCUGGUCGCUCCUUUUUGUCAUUUCUUGGCCUCAAUGCGGGGUCUGAAAUGCCAUAACUAAGAGAGGCACCAUGUGUAAAGAACCUGACAACUUUUCACUGCUAACAACUCUCGUGUUUCCCCACGUGGUUUAUGAACUCACUAGGAACAAGUCUCGUUCCCCAGGUGGUUUUAGUCCCCCACGUGGUUUAUGAACUCACUAUGUUGAACAACUCUACUCCCCCAGGUGGUUUUAUAGCUAGGUUUAUAUAGAUUGCUAGUGAUAGUGCACACAAAGUAAAUUAGGCGGCUAAUUUCCCUCGAUGGUUCGGAGAUCGGUGUCGUUCGUAGUUUCUAUGCGCAAUAGAUAGCGAUUUGCUCCCUUUAUGUCCUCGUAAGUACUAGGACUCCUCUGCGAUUCUAGAUGCAUUCCCUCCUAUCCUAUCCGAUCCUACCCUGCUCCGCCUCUACCGGAAUAUGUUACCAACCCUCGACGCCUGCUACCAGGUCUCUUUUGCACGUGCAAUCUUUUAUAUGGUGACUUCAUUUUUAUACUACCAACCUCUCUGAAGCACUUCUUAAACAUGCCCACUUGCAGCUCCGUAUGGUGCGGCUCUCUUGCCCGUAGGUCUCCUAUACUACCAAUCCCGUAGGUCUCUUAUACUACCAAUCCCGUAGGUCUCAUAUUAUACUACCAACCCCAGGCUUCUUUUGAACGUACAACUAUUUUAGAGUAGAUCUAUCGUUACCUCAAGGUGAGCGUGCCAUGGUAAUAUGCUGGUACUGACUUUAUAGUACUACGAUGAACAUAGAUAAAAAUCAAUAAUUUUACUUCAUCGAUCUUAUCUCAUCAUCUUUUAUACACUUUCUUUUUAUUUCCCUCGUGUCCCACCAGGUCUCUUUUGCACUUACUUUAUGCUGAUUUGGCCACGUGAGUCACGCCAGAGGGAGAAGGAGUUUUACUUCAGUCGCGUCGAUAAGAGCUUCAAGAGGGGCAUCAAUUGGGACCAAAAAAUUGCCGCUCAUCGAGACUGAAAGUUACGAUUGCCGGUCAUCGAGACUAAAAACGGUAACGGGUAUUUCAGAACUAGAGUAGUACAUUGGCUAAAAGAAUCACUUAAUUUUGGUCUGUCUCGGUCUAUCUCAUCAUAUGGUGUUUGUAAGGACUAGUAUCUAUUUGUAUUGCUGAUCACGGCCAUCGACACAAUAUUUUUAGUAGUAUUACUGGUCAUGAUCGACGAGAGCGAGACUACAUAAUGAAUUUAAGGGUUUUGGUAUUUUUGCUGGUGUCGUUAUUUGAUUAAUUGGUUCGAGAUUGCCACGCAGCAUCGAGUAGACUGAAUAUAGUUAGUGAUGCAAUUUCCACAUCUGUUUUGCUUCAAGAUCAAGGGAACGAAGAAGCUUAACCGAUGGCUUACCUUCGCAGUUGACUCAGCAGUUUAGGCGUUUGCAGCCUCUCCACUUAUCUUCAGCAAGGUGGAGCCCACCGGGCUGAGGCGGGGCCCCCUCUAAAUCUAAAAAUGCAAAUCAUUUCGGCAGACGUAGUUAUGCGGAUGCUAUUAAUCUUAGUUUAUGCAACUUUGUAUCUGUGGGACCUCUAACACGGCUUCGAUGCUCUGAAAGGAGAACGCAGGUCCUCAACGUCGAGGCAUAAUUGUGUGGGAUUCAAGAUGGAAUGGCUGCAGAUAGGGGGGGAUGAUGUGUGCUGGUGCCCUAAGACGGAGUGCUGCAGCGCAGUACGGGAUGAAGUGUAGUUAGAGGGGAUAGGCUUUUAUUAAGAUGACGUGGUGUAGAGGACGAGGAGCAGGGAGUUGUUAACAACUUGAUGUACUAUGGCAACAGUGAUCUUUUUCACUUGUACCAGUUCCAUGUUGUUGUCAUGGAGAAAGAGUGGGCGUCCUACAGUAGAGUUCCACUUCCAGAAUAUUACACCUCCUCUUAGGAAUGAGACCUCUUAUGAAUGUGAAUAGGAUUCAAUGACGCAAUGUUUUUAAACAUAUGAUCUGAAGACGAGAAGACGACUCAUAUGUAAGUCACUCCUUACACCACUCGGAGCAACCUCAAGAUGAAGAUGUAGAUGAUUGAUUAGAGGCGCAGGAGGUCGUUUUUUUGUCCAAUUCCACCAGUAGAAAUAUUUGUGCAGAACUGGGGGAGGGAGAGCCGGGACAUGAAGCAACCUCCAGAGCGCGCAGCAAUCCUUGGCCUAUAUCUUCAGUUCGUGUCGAACGAACACUGCGACUCCAUAUGAAAGCAUUCGACAAAAAAAAUAACAUCACCAAAGACGGAAAAUAAAUAGCAUGUUGAUAUGAAAACAAGUAUUGACCUAUGGGCUGAGAGAUAGAGAAGUUUGUCUGGCGGUCAGAGGAUGUUUCGAGAGCUGAGCGUUGCCUUGCAACCGCUACUGAAGUGGGUAGCUAGUUGCGUGAGAGAUGACUCGACACCGACCUUGUUGGAAAAAAAAUGCUAAGACGAUUCAUUGCUUGCCAGGGGAAUGUCGUAACUAUCGGACUCACAGUAAAGCAACUAGCCACACGCUGGGGCCGUUCUCCUAGUGGAGGAAACGGAGCCCAUUUGGAAGGCUCUACGGUGUCUCGGGUAAGGCAACCCGGAGUGCCUGAGACAGCGGAACCAUCAAAGCAGGCAGGGGCCACCCAAUGGGGCGGGGCUCUUCGUGCUUUGCUUGGAGUAGGAGUAAGGGCCGGGCCGACCUAGUCCUAGCGCGAGCGCGUUGCGGGUUGGCUUUCUACAGGGGUCAAAGGAGCUCGGGAGCCAUCCGGGCGCGGGUGCCAGUCAUAGUAGGCGCGUCCUGCUAUUGAGACGGAACAGCAGCUGCGCGCUAGCGCUUUGCGGGGCGUGCGCUUGUUGGGUCCACGGCGCGACUUCGUUGCCGCAGCGAGUAAUGCGGCUGGGGGCCGUUCUUGUGGUGAAACUAGGUGGCGCGCCAGGAGUGACAGUCUUGGAAGCUCUGGGGGGCUUUGUGGGUCUUGGGCCUCUGGCUGGGUGUGCACAGCGAGGCACAGCAGCCCUGCGCGGGCCACACUGCUUGAUGCCUCCUGAGGGCAUUCGGCGAGGGGUGCGCGAAGUUCUACUGUGAUAGAACUGAGGGCGUCACAACCUCUCCGACAUGGAGCAGACUGAAGAGGGGGGCGCGUACUGGCUCGGAGGAGGCGUCGCGCGUAACCGGGCAGGGCAGUCAACGGGGAUGGCGCUGACGUCUUAGUGCGUGGGAGGAGCGCUAGGGACCUGGCCCGAGGUGUAAAGCGGGUGACUAGUGAGGAGAGCGGGGGGGGGGCCUCUCCUGUCUGAAGUGGCUUCGGCGGGUUCCGUUUCCGCCUUGUGCUUUCUCUGGUAGAAGUAACAGGGGGGGGGGCUAGAACCUGAACAACCACAGCGGCGGCGCCGUGAUCAACGAAAGCUGUCACGGCUGCCAGGGUUAUGCUGGGGGCGUUCUUAGUAGCAGUUCGGGCUUCCAUAGUUAGAGUGUAUCCGGACCCCGCUCGGGCCUAGUCGCGUAGAGUAUGAGACCGCUGCGCUUUGGGGAAUUCGCUGCUGCGUGAUUGAUUACAAAAGGGGCCGAGCUUUUAUCUUCGCGUGGUUAUAGCUGCAAACUCGGCCAAUCAAGCUCAGUCAAUGUGAUAUCUAUGCAGCUGCACUAUCGACGCAUCAUCGAAUUACCCAACAUUUUAGAAAGAGUAAGGGGCGGAAGCUGCCGGUCUUCGUACUUGUGAAACCGACUAUAAUCACCUUGAGAAAAUUUUCUCGGGUUCGUGAGCAGACGCUCGGACGGCUGCGCUCUCCCCUGUGUGUCUCCAGUCUUCGGCGCAGUUCUUUGUGGAAUAUGUACCCCGCCCAGCGUUCGCAUUUCUAUGGAAGACACCGGAGCGAAGUUCAGCGCCCAUCUAAAUAAUCAAAAGCGAUAAUCUUGUUGCUUUUGUGCUGCCGAGAUGUUCUGCCCCUCGUUCUCUCUCUCUGCGCUUUUGCCUAUGACCUUGGCCAAUCUUGGCGAUGUGGCAUGUUCCACCUCGUCUCACGGAGUGGCUUUGCGUUUUGGUGUUAGUUAUGACCUCUCGGCCACCUAUGCUUAUCAAGCGGGGUCGCGUGGUGGUUGUUGUAUAUAAAUAUAAGUAGAUGCCUUGGGCAUCGUGGCUCGGGUGCUGUUGUGUGUUCAGUCGGAUGCUUCGUGUACGGCUGUAGCAAACGCGUGGGUUUCGAGUGUAACCACGUCGGCUAUCGCGUGGAAAAUCGCAGCAGAAUGCCACAGGGUCAAGGCAGCUCGAUGAGCUCUGGCAUAGCUGCGCUCCCGGAGUAUCUAGACACUGCGGGCGACUUGACUGAAGCGACGAGAUGCAGCAUAGCAGGCGCCAAACCCGAGACCAACACCCAAACCAAGGCUGACGACGCAACUGCGGAGGCGGAAAAAUUAGCAGCAAUGCGCCUCCACUGGUUGGGCCGUUACUCCUCGGGUGGCAUGACGUUGGUGAGCUGUUUGAUGGGGCAGCCGCUGGAGUUCCUAACCUGCAUUCGCAGGAAAAGGCGGCGCAACGACUGAAACACAAACGCGACAAACGUAGAAGGCACACGGCACGCGCAUGAAUAUGCGCUGACGGUGCACUAGUAUCCGCGGCGCUCUUUACGGUGUUGGACCUCGAUGAAGGAAGACGAGGGACUUUACUUCCAGGAAUUGCGCGGGUGUCGGAGGUGGUGCCCGUGGCUACUUGCAUUCGGUGCGCAUGUGAAAAGUGUGAAACCUUGUGGCACAAAACGCCAGGAGGUGGCAGUCUGUCGAACGAGCAGAAAGAGCACACCAGACAACUGGCGGCGCUAUUCGGUAGGCCAACAAUUCUACAGCAGCGCUCUGCUCUAUACGGCUUCCCUUACGCGGGGCCACUCGGUGUAACCUUGGCGGCUUUUUUGAAGAUGAAGAUGCCCAACUCUGCAAGGAUCAUAGCCAGGGCCUUGCGGUCUAAAAAAGGCGGCAUCGCAGGGCAGUGCGGCCCAUAAACGACGUAGCCAGAUGGGUGACGAUGUCCAAAGGGAUGCCUCUGAUGCCAUUAGCGUUCUAGGAGCUUCUUGGGAGAUGAUGAGAAAAAUUGAAGAAGGGACAGCGGUCGCAGAGCUGCCGGCUGCGCGCAGUUGGUGUGGACGGCAGGACGCUGCGCCGCUUCGAGCAGCGCGCCGGCCUUAGCUUACUCCGCAUAGGCUGCCUUUUUCGGGCGUUUUUCGAUGGGUCGAGCCAUAUGCGCAGGCGUUUAGGUCUAUGCGCGGUCAGUGUCUCAGGCUUUUCGCAGUUAUUGGAUCGAGAUACGAACUGCAACAGGCGACGAAGGUGGAACAAACUGGACAAGAAAGCAGACUGCGGGGCCGUUGUCUAUAAUGAAGAGACAACAAGCCGCCUGACAGUUUGUAGACCAACCACCGGCCCACGCGGUGCAUGGACGUCCUGGCCAAUCUGGUAAGGGAUCGAUAGCGCUGGCACGCUUAUGAAUCAUGACGAACACACAAAACAAAGCGAUAGCCACUAGUGUCGCGCUUUUCAGUUUUUCAAACCCACGGAGAGACCUGCAACAAAGGAGAAAUCAGCACGAUGCUGCUGCUUGUUGGAUGAUGUACGGGAUCACUUCAAUAGGAUCAAAGUAAGGGACGACUAGGGCCCAGGACUAGACUGGUGACCUCGAUCAAUCAGUAGCAAUUUCUUGGCUGGUCUCAAGACUCUCAAUUUGCAGAGCAUACGCCCCCAGAAUCGAGAAGAUCGCCAAUGCCAAAGGCAAGCAUUGGCAACGCGCAUACCAUAGCGCCAAAUGUGUGCAAAUGCGUGGGAGUUCAAACCCUCGCAGCAUCGUCGUCACCUUGUUGAAUCAAACACCCACGACAAGAUCCUCACGCCGAAACUCGCCAAGGCCUCCACCAACUUCUUUCGAGAUGCUGCCGGCUUCGUCGUGACAUCUGCCGCCAUCUCAGUUGUGGCUGCCUUCUUUACGGCAAUGGUUCCCUUCUCAACAGGAUCCCGCGCGAAGUGGUGGGGGUGAUCAAGGUGCCUGGGCCUUUUGCUGCUGCCCGCCUGCACAAAAUCGAAAGAGUCCUUAGGGCUCUCUUCGAUCACAGGCGGCCCCUCCUACGGGGCGUGGCCCGCGUAAUGUACAUCCCACGUGAGGUGAGUGAAGACAUCCCACCAGCGGGCUCAGUCCUAGCACCCGAUGGGGGCGCGCUGUCCUUAUAUUCGACAAAUAAUGACGAGGGUAAAAGGUGAACGCGAUCACCGCUCUUGCCAGAAACGUUACCGAGAACGUUGAGACUUUUGGUGGGAGAGGGCUGGGGAUCACCCGCGAGUCCACUGGCGUGACCUGCAGACGUGAAAUGGCAGGGAAUGGAAACUGAUCGAAAGCACGUUGAAGGUGCCACUUGAUGGAAAAAGCGACUUAGUCGAAAAAUGCCACUUGAUGGAAAAAUCGACUGAGCGUCGUGGCAAAUGAUACGCAUGUAGUAAACGCUCCUUGGUAAAUGAAGUGGACUGCUGAUUCGGCAAGUCUUGGCAUGUCGAUCGGCUUGGGAGGCCUUUGAAGUGUUGCGAAAUCGCCUCGAAAUGAAGAGCGAAGCUGGGGCAAAUGAUCUGCGUGGGAGCGUGAGCGCGAUCCCACCCGUCGACGUGUUCGCGACGUGGCGAAGCCAAAAAAGGUCAAAGGAUAAGUAGGCGCGGCAAUCGCGUGCGUUUUCGCUAGCCUUUUGGGAGUCCCUUCGCUUGAGUUCUACGAGGUGGCUGGUCUUGCGUCACACGUGGCGCAGUCGUGUCACUGAUUUACUGCUUUCAAACUUUCCGACAGGGUUUGGGACUCGCUGAGUUCUCGUAAAAAUUGCUAGAAAGCUGGCGCUUGCGCGCCGCGUUUGACUACUUGAGAAGAGUUACCCGAUUGAGAUUCUUGAAAAAACUCUGCGCGACGUUUUGAGAAACGAAAAAAGUAAAAGCGAAGCGUAAGAGUCACCUUAUAAGUGUAUGGGGAGCGCACAGGUAAAAGCUAGAAACGAAAAGGAAUUGGCGACCUACUGCAACAUCUUCGAGCGCUUACGGGAGCACACUGACUUCCCUGAGCCGAGCGACAUGUCCAGCGCGGGCCGACAUCUGAUGGCGCUGCGUGCGCGUGAUCCUGAGAAACUCACUGAGGGGAAAAGCCGCCAUCUCGCUUGAGGAGUGGCGCUUGCCUGAAAUUCCGCACCUUGAUCGUGGGCGGAAAUGUGCGCCCACGCAUGGAGGUACUGAGACCCUUCGCGAAGACGUGGACUGUAGCCGCACAUCUCCACAAGACUGCUGGUGAUGCGGGGCUGUGUAAGGUCUGGACACAUCAAAUGCGAAGCAAGCUCAUGGCCGACUGGGGCUGGAACCAGAGGGAGCGGGGCAAAAGCUGACAAGUGCACCCGCCUAGUAAACGCGGCCGACGCAAUCAGCAUCCCGGUGGAAUUCCAGACGGAGGGACUUCUCUAUGGGAAUGCGACCCACGCGUGGCAAAGUGGGGCACUGGCGAGCCUUGAAAUCCCGCUGAAUAACUAAUCAGGAAAACGCAACGUGGCGGCUGCUUCUUCAUCCUCUAGCACGGGCAUGAACGCCGCGGAAGAGGAUUUGGCGGGGGGUGAAACUCCGUCAGCCUCUGGUCUUGGCGAGACUCGUAUCUCCCCAACAAAGAGCUUCGAUCGGAGAAGAUGCCAUGGAGCUCGGAGGGCAGGCAACGCGACUAAAGCGACACUCUGACGGUAGACGUGCUGUUCUCUGAGAAACUUGACAAACAUGGCGCUCAGUAGAAAUAUGAGUCACCCCACCCACGACACAAUAAAAAGAUUGUAGGUCGAAAGAAGCAUGGCGGCGAGUGCACCAGCCGGCUCGACGGCCGGUCGCGCUAUGGCCUCUUUUACGACUACUGGAAGCGCGCCUGCGCUGAAGCGCCCUGUCCAGGAUCAGCAGACCCUGAUAGAUCAGGUCGUGGAGACCUUGACGAAGAAGCCCAAGCUAAUCCUGAAGGAGGGAAGCUUGAGCGCUGUAUCGGAGCGAGAGCAGCGCCCUCCAAUACGAGGCCACCCGCCCCCAACUGCCACUGGGUGCAGGCAGCUGAGGACGCAAGUCUAGGCCUGCGCACGAAUGACCGGCUGGGUGACGUGGUUGUAUUGUAAGCCCCGCGAUUUGCUCACGUGAGCCGAAUUCUAAGCCACCUGAGAAUGCGAACUGGCCAAACGUGACAGGCUGGGAGCGAGCCUACGGGUGCUAUGGCAUAGAGACGAGAAUGGCACGGGCGACCUAUCAUGAGAACCCCGCCUGAUGAUGGAACGAGAAAAAAUGAGAAAUAAAGGUAAAGCCUAAACGUGCAUGGAACUACAUGAAAAGCAAAAAGCUGACAGGCUUGAAGGCAACAAGUGGACCGACACUGACAUCGCCCUGCUGAACAACGACGAAGGGAAACACGCCAGCCGCAGCUAUGCGCUGCGUUGGGUGGGCCUCGAUGGAAACACGGAAAGCGCCCCAGGUCAGAUGGUCAGCACUCACAAGCGGGCCACUAUGGCGCGUGGCCUUUCUGCACCAGCAAACGACUGGGAGACGAUUGAUGACUUCGCGCGCGUCGCGCCGUGGGUCUGGCUCCCACAGCAGCGCUAUGACCUGUAGACCUUGCUUAGGAUUAGGAAUAGGAAUAGGAUGGACUGAAAGCGCAACAGAAGUGACGAAGGUGAAGGUGGCUGAUGCCUCCUCGUACUGAAAAUUUGAAACAAAAAGCAGCACCCUCUGCCACUUCUUGGCCUCGCAGUCGGAGGCACAUCGCCAGACGGCGAAAGUGCUGGCGCUUUUUUGCAUGGUGAAUGGAAUUAGCUGCGAGCGUAGUCGCUUCUUGCGCUACUCCUCUGGACAGGAGUUCAUCAAGGAUUUGAAGGGCAUGACGCUGGUGAAGGCACUGCGAGGCCCACUGAGUCACGACUUGCAGCGCUUUGCGACUGCACUGCUCUCGGCGGCGAAGACGAAGGCCCGCCUUGAACUUCCGCAGCACCUCUUGCAAGGAUGGGGCAUCCCAGUGAUCUGGAAGCUGGCGCCCCGUUGUAUGGGCGAGCCCAUCACGAUUGAGCAAGCUGACCGGGGAAGGACGCGCUUCCUAUCGUGUUGAGAACUAAAACAAACUGAAAAACAUACUGACGAGCUGGCUGAAAAAUGAAAAAUGAAAGGAAAUUCAGCAACUCUUGAAACUGAACGCCACGCAAUGGGAAAAACUGCGGGGGCGCACUGAGUACAAAAAUAAACCGGCGCGCGGCAUUCGCGUACGAAACGAGCAGGGGCGUGGUUGGGAAAUUCCUGCUGUACACGGGCGAGGCAGUGGCGUGGACCUGCCAACCGCCACGCAAAUGACAGGCGACUACCAAUACGUCGCGGCCAACGCGUACCCGAAGGGGGACAUGGUGAGCCACAUCCUACCCAUGCGCCUAUGUGCCAAGAUGAGAGGCGACGCCCAGCGCUCAGGUUGCUGCGUGCUGGCUUAUCUAUGCAAGAUGGGCCACGCAUAUCGCGCGAACAUUGCUACACCACACGCAAGGCGCUCUUUGGAAAAAAGGCGGCGCUGUGGCAUGUGCCUCGCUUGAAUGAUUUGGCAUGGGAUGGAAUGAAACAGGACACAUGGCGCGCAGCCGUUCUGACGUGCUGCACUGAAAAAGUGAAAAACUCACACCCAAAACACAGGGCGACGACGCGGGUGAGCCCGCGGCCCCAAACCGCUUGGGAAAUUUGGGCGCUGAAGGCGCUUUUGUGUUUGGCUGUGACGAUGAAUACUACGGCGGAGGAGGAGCCAUGUGCGCUGGAUCCUCCUCUUCGGCGCCGACCUCUGGACAAGGCGCGAAGAGAGGAGCGGGAAAGGCUGCAAAGAACAACAAGGGAAAAGGUAACGACCCCUCCCCUGACUUAGUGCAUGGCUAUCGCACGGAAACGAGUGUUGAUAGAGGACGCGUCUUCGUGUUCCGCUCUGCAAUGAACAUGCUUCCGCAGGGUGUGGGCCUUGACUUUGAUGAGGGAAAUUGGUGGAAGCACGCAUACCAAUACCAAACAGGAACGCACGACCUGAAGCAACGCGGCCUGACGCCGGACCACAACAAGGCCGCCGUGGUAAACGACACCCGCUACAAAUGGGAAGGGGACAGCGACAAGGGCGCCUGGCGCAAAUGGAGCGAGAAGAAACGUGGCGGGUUCUACGAGGAUACACCGAUAAAAAUGGUGGACUACCUGAGGAGACUCUCCGUAAGCAACGAGAGGAGACAUACGCCGAGCGUGCCAGAAAGGCACAGGAGAGGAAGCGGCGAAAGGACAAGACAAGUCAAAUGAGAAAGGAAAGGAGAAAGGCGCGCGGAACCGUGAUACUAUGAGACACACUCUGCUAACACCGCUACCCUAAUGGGAAGGACGUGCUUAGUAGAGGGGUCACGGCUAUAGUCUGGAAUGAGUAACGAGAUGAAAAAAGGAAAGCUGACUGCUGUGGAGGAACCGAAACGGCAGGAGGCAGUGGCAGAAGAAACCCACGACAACAUGCGAGAAGAUAAGAAUGAUGAAGAGGAGGAGCCGCUCGACUGCGUGACGGUAGUGGAAGGUGAUGGAAACAACUCGCGACCAUUGAAGAGGGAGAUCAGUGCUGAGAUGAAUCGUGAAGGUUUUCUGUUGUUUGAGAAAGACGAGCGUAGUUGUGACUUGCGUGAGAAGUUUGCUUUUGUUGAACCAGACCUGAAGAAGUCAGACCCUGACACUACUUGCUCCAUCGCGGGGCGUAAGCUAGGAAGGAAAUGCUUCAUCAGUGAGGAUGGCUGGGUAAUCGCUAAAGGUGGGCGCGCUGAAAUGUCAGCCAUGAAGCAAGUACUUAACAGCGGACGGCUUGUCUUCCCACGUACGGCCUGCCCGGCGUGGCAUGUCUAUGGAAAGCGCAAGGAUAAGAGCUGCACCUUGAAACACGACGGCAAGCCGUCAACCACGGCGAGCCUCGCAGGCUUGCUGGCUUGGCGGACGAGGCAUGAGACUGGCACAGCUCAACAGCUUCGCGAUAUUUGAACGUGAAAAAACUGCGGGAAGUGGAAAAAUAAAAAAUCACCUACGACGAAAGAUAGGGGGAGUAACAUGAUUGACGAGCUGAGAAAGUAGCGCAGCGAUUUAUACAGGACGACAACGGAGAUGGGGCGAAGACAGUAAUAAACGAACUCUCUUACAUGAAGAAGCCGCGUGAUGCCUGAGGCAACUGCGACAAGAUUGCACGAUAUGAAUAACCCCCACAAGAAAAACUGAGUACCCACUCAAAUCCUCGGACGCUUGACACGCCCAGGAAAAGGAGACUGCCUGUGCCUUGGUCUGAAAGGCCUUCGCUCAUGGGGCAUUAUUCAAGUAGAAUACGGAUGGGGCACUGCAUGGCCCGCCUCACGGGAAACAGUGACGAAAUGAGAAACGAAGAAUAUGAUACUGGGCAAAGAGCUGGCGCGCAUGUGUUCAACGGCGCACAUACGGCAAACCCAUGAGGGGAAACUGUGGCGGAUAGAUAAUGUGAAGACGGGUGGAAGGCCCCUUGCGUCACUUGAUAUCUCGCCCUGAAGGAAAGAGCGACGAAGAGAGAUGGCACACCUGCCACUGACAGGAGCAUGGCUCCACCACGAAAGCCAUGCUCCAAAACGUAUGAAAAAAAUGAAGGCUGCGGCUGCCGGGCCGUUAAUGGGGGACGCCGAGGAGCCGGCCCCUCCCCCCACCUCGAGCAGCUCCCACGAACUGCAGAACACCGCGCAGCCACUGAUGGCCGUUACGCCUACGAUGCGGCUUGAUAAGGCCACCACUGGCAAAGGAGACUAUCGCCAAGCGCUGCGAAAGUAUAUCGCUACCUAGUGAAACGAUCACGGUCGUGCUUCAGUCCCAUUCGGAGGGGGCACUGAUAAACAGGACGCACCGCGUCGAAGUCUUCAGGGACUACUGGAGGAAGCAGCCGCCGCCAAUUGGGGCACCGUAUGAAGUGGAACGCGUCCGACUGUUCUGCUUGUGGGUCGCUGGCAUGGGCGAGAGUUCGGGUCUCGCGCGGUCAUAUUUCACCGCGAUAGCAUGUAGCCUACUGGUUCCACCACUCGACCCUGACACAGGCCGACAGUGUAUGUGGAUGGGUGACGCACCUUGCGCAGUCCGCUCCCUGGCAGUCGCGUCAGAUGAUAAAAAAAGAGCGGCGGGCCCCCUUGAAAAGGAGAAGGCGCCACUGGUCGCGCGUGAGGCAUGGGAAAAACUGCCGGCACCUGAGAGAGCCGUAGUCAGAUUUUGGGUAAGUCUGGGAGUGCGCUGGAAUAGCGUGGCGGCUAUCAUGCCGCAAGAUGUGGAAUCUCCCUCACGCCCACGGGGCAAGAUUUCGGCACAUAUCACCAGAGACAAGACUACCGCUGCGGCCAAUAGGACGGCCUUCGUCUCCUGCUGCUGUGGAAGCAAGGAAAGAGGUGGCUUAUGUUGUGUGUGCGACCCACAGACAAAGAGAAUUAGCUUCCCACUGAAGGAAGCUGAGGCGAAGAAAUCGCUCCAGUUGAUAGGAGCCAAAUCUCACCCACCAAGAAGGGCGGGCGCCAUUUACGCGAGAACGCGAAUUGAGGCGGGUGACCACUUCGACUCUGGGAAGUACAUGCUUGGACGUGGUUGGACGGUGGUCGCCACCUUUAUUUUUCGGAUAUUGUGUGGACUUUACGCGGGUUGAGGCGUCUCGCAUGCUCCCAGCACCAGGGGCACUGGAGCUGGGCGACAUGUCGAGCAAGCGCAUUUCCUUCCCGAAAGAUAAGCCGGAAGCCCAUGCUCUCCAUGAGAUGAAUAGGCCAUCUGUCGACCUGGAAGACAUGGAAGCUGUGGAGUCUUUGCUUUUGGGUAAAGGCAACACGACUAACAACAGACCUCGCGAAUAUUAUAAAUCCCGCACGGACUUCCUGGCUGCAGGGAAGAUACUCCAAAACGGGAAGGAAAUUGGCACGCGGAAGAUGAAACCCAAGGGCAAGACCCUGGAACAACAGAGGAGGAAAGGCCUCGCUAAACCAGCGCAGUCGACCGUGAAUCUGCUGAAACAGACUCAGAGUGCACCACUGCGGCCCCUGAAGAACCCUAAGCGGCGUCACGCGACAGCCUUUGGGGGGGGUCGCCUGUACUUGUGGCAUGCGCCUGCGCGGUCGGUUGAGUCCUGUCUUUGCCCUUUCUACGCCCAGGCGCUGCUGACUGUACUUGCCCGUUUGUGGAAGCCGCUGACUGUGGGGCAGGUCUUGCCAAAUGCUAUGCUGCAGGCCUCUCAGAGAAAGUGAGACUGACAAAUGCCAAACCCAAGCGGCACCCUGAUGGGUCUCCUGUGGAGGAAGUCAGGGAGCCACCUGAGAUGGCGCCCGAUGAUAUCUCGGACGCCUACUACCUAUUCGGAGUAGACGGCCCCACCUCGUCCCCAUUCGCGGGAUAUGGCCCGCGUGUGGAUGGGUUCCGCUACUAGAUCUCCUACACAUUGGACAUGGGCGCUGCGCCCUCUGUCGUGCCAGCAUUCUGCAGAACCGCGGAAAUUCUGACGGCUGUGGCGGCCCAUUUUGGCCUACCACUCUUGGCAUACAUCGACGACCAAAACUACUCUGGUGUAGACAGGGCGCGUGUCGGUGUGGCGAGACGGUUCGCGCAUCAACUAGCGCGGGCGCUAGGCUUGGGGCUAUCUGAUAAGCCGAAGGCAGACCACGCCAGUCCCCGGCUGUGACUGACUGUGUCCGGGCGCUGGGCCUAGUGUAUAGCUAUGAGAGGGCGGCGCUGACUGGGCGCGCCACCCUAUGGGUCACCUUACCACGGGAAUACACUGACAAGACGACUGAGGCACUGGGGGCCAUCUUGAAAGCCUUGCAGGUGAAAAAGCUACCGCGCAAGCUAAUCCAAAAGGGGAUAGGGCGGCGCACCUUUGCGACACAACACGUCCGCCAAAAAAUGGGCACUGAGGCACUGGGGCCGCUCUAGAAGUGGCUCGGUGAGGCGGUUUCUAGCUGCUUCAUACGGAAAAAACCUGAACGCCGGGCAUUGGGGCGCCACUCUGAGACUGUGAGAGCAAUAAUACCCCGCCUGCCGGCGAUGGCCUACGGGCUGGGACGUAUUGCCUUGCUACAGGCCUCACUCUGCUGGACUGACGCAUCUACGGAUGGGGGUGAGAACGCCGCUCCUUGUAUUGGUGGCUUUAUUAUAGUGCCCGAUGGCGGGCGCCGGGGAUUUAUGACGGAUUUGCAUAAGGCUGAACUGAAGAGACAACUCCUAGGGCUGGGGCCCCGGACUGAGAUCUUGGAAGCCCUCGCGACUUACAUUGCGGCAGGGCUUUGGAUUGGGCCAGGCGUAGUCUGUCUCUCGGCUUUGCGACUGAUAAUAUCGUCCACCUGUAUGCUGCGGCUAAGUUUAAGAUGACGGCCAGAGAUCUGAUCAAGCGUGUUGAUGUGUGUGGUCUCAAACAGAAGCGCGACACUGUUGUGCGGUGAGAGACUGGCGCAGGCAUGCUACAAGCUGACGCCUUCUUACGGAGAGAAUUCGCGCCGCUAGCCAGAAUGCUAGUAGAUGACUGGGAAGAUGGCAUCCCCUCCAGCUGGUGGAGAGAAGCACUGGCGCCAAACUGCUACACCAAGCUCUGACUUUGGAGGUUGCUCGUCGCUUUGAGGUGUGUAAAUAGACAAGCCAUCUGGCGCAUACAUAGGCUGCCUGAGGCUACGCGACAUGUCGCAGAGGCCCAAAACGCGGUAGCGUGUCAGUGUCGGCUGAGUCCUAUCUUUGCCCUUUCUAUUCUAUGCCCAGACGCUGCAGACUUUACUUGCCCGUUUGUGGGGGCCGCUGACCGUGAGACAGGUCGCGGCGCGGGUGAUUGGAGCCACGGCGCUUGGGGGACGCCACUGGCUCGGGCGUAUGCCUUGGACAAUGGGGGUCCGCGUAAUGAGUGUUCUAGUGCUGGGACUUGCGGGCACUGAGCCCCAGCAAUUUUCUGAGGUAGACUGCCAGGGUGUCGGAAGGGGUUCCGGUGGUUCCCACCCCGUCCCUUUUUUCUGCUUCGCUUUCUGCCUGGGGAAAAGUCUCCACCCCCUUCCCCUUUUUCUGCUUCAGUUUCUGCCUGGGGGAAAGUUUCCACCCCGUCCCUUUUUUCUGCUUCACUUUCUACCCGGGGAAAAGUUUCCACCCCCGUCCCUUUUUUCUGCUCCAAUUUCUGCCCGGGGGAAAGUUUCCACCCUCUUCCCCUUUUUCUGCUUCAAUUUCUGCCCGGGAGAGAGUCUCCACCCCGUCCCUUUCCCGUUCCUCUGCUCCAAUUUCUGCCCGGGGGAAAGUCUCCACCCUCGUCCUCUUUUCCUGCUUCAAUUUCUGCCCGGGGAAAAGUCUCCACCCUCGUCCCUUUUUUCUGCUUCAGUUUCUGCCUGGCGGAAAGUCUCCACCCCCGUCCCCUUUUUUCUGCUUCAAUUUCUGCCCGGGGGAAAGUUUCCACCCCGUCCCUUUUCUGCUUCAGUUUCUGCCUGGGGGAAAGUUUCCACCCCCGUCCCUUUUCUGCUUCAGUUUCUGCCCGUGGGAAGGUUUCCACCCUCGUCGCUUUUUUCUGCUUCAGUUUCUGCCUGGGGGAGAGUUUCCACCCCCCUCCCUUUUUUCUGCUUCGGACAGUUUCUGCCUGGGAGAAAGUUCCCACCCGCGUUUCUUUUCUGCCUCAGUUUCUGCCUGGCAGAAAGUUGCCACCACCUAUCCUUUUUCCUGCUUCGGUUUCUGCCUGGGGGAAGGUUUCCACCCUUGUCCCCUUUUUCUGCCCCGGUCCCUUUUCUGCUUCAGUUUCUGCUUGUUGGCAAGUUUCCGCCCCUGGCUCUUUUUUCUGCUUCAAUUUCUGCCGGGGGGAAAGUUUCCACCUCCGUCCCUUUUUUCUGCUUCAGUUUCUGCCCGGGGGAAAGUUUCCACCCCCGUCGCUUUUAUUCUUCUGCUCCAGUUUCUGCCUGGGGGAAAGUUUCCACCGCCGUCCCUUUUUUCUGCUUCAAUUUCUGCCCGGGGGAAAGUUUCCACCCCCGUCCCUUUUUUCUGCUUCAAUUUCUGCCCGGGGGAAAGUUUCCACCCCCGUCCCUUUUUUCUGCUUCACUUUCUGCCAGGCGGGAAGGCUUCCGCCCUCGUCCCUUUUUUCUGCUUCAGUUUCUGCCUGGGGGAAGGUUUCCACCCUCGUCCCCUUUUUCUGCUUCAGUUUCUGCCUGGCAGAAAGCUGCCACCCCCGUCCCUUUUUUCUGCUUCAAUUUCUGCCCGGGGAAAAGUUUCCACCCCCGUCCCUUUUUUCUGCUUCAAUUUCUGCCCGUGGGAAAGUUUCCACCUUCGUCCCCUUUUUCUGCUUCAGUUUCUGCCUGGGGAAAAGUCUCCACCCUCGUCCCUUUUUUCUGCUUCAAUUUCUGCCCGGGGAAAGUUUCCACCCUGGUCCCUUUUGUCUGCUUCAAUUUCUGCCCGGGGGAAAGUUUCCACCCCUGUCCCUUUUCUGCUUCAAUUUCUGCCCGGCGGGAAAGUUUCCACCCCCGUCCCCUUUCUCUGCUUCAAUUUCUGCCCGUGGGAAGGUUUCCACCCUCGUCCCCUUUUUCUGCUUCAGUUUCUGCCUCUGGGAAUGUUUCCCCCCCUCUCCCUCUCUUCUGCUCCAAUUUCUGCCCGGGAGGAAGUUGCCACCCUUGUCCCUUUUCUGCUUCAAUUUCUGCCCGGGGGAGAGUUUCCACCCUCGUCCCCUUUUUCUGCUUCAGUUUCUGCCUGAGGGAAAGUCUUUCUGCUUCAAUUUCUGCCCGGGGGAAGUUUCCACCCCCCUCCCCUUUUUCUGCUUCAGUUUCUGCCUGGGGGAAGGUUUCCACCCUCGUCCCCUUUUUCUGCUUCAGUUUCUGCCUGGGGGAAAGCUUCCACCUCCAUCCCUUUUCUCUGCUUCAAUUUCUGCCCGGGGGAAAGUUUCCACCCCGUCCCUUUUUUCUGCUUCAAUUUCUGCCCGGGGGAAAGUUUCCACCCUCAUCCCCCUUUUCUGCUUCAGUUUCUGCCUGGGGGAAAGUUUCCACCCCCGUCCCUAUCUUGUUCCUCUGCUUCAAUUUCUGCCCGGGGGAAAGUUUCCACCCUCGUCCCCUUUUUCUGCUUCGGUUCUUGCCUGGGGGAAAGUUUCCACCCUCGUCCCCUUUUUCUGCUUCAAUUUCUGCCCGGGGGAAACAAAGUGGCCACCCCCGUCCCUUUUUUCUGCUUCAAUUUCUGCCAGCCGGGAAGCUUUCCACCGUCGUCCUUUUUUUCUGCUUCGGUUUCUGCCUGGGGGAAAGUCUCCACCCCCGUCCCUUUUUUCUCCUUCAAUUUCUGCCAGGCGGGAAAGCUUCCACCCCUUGUUGAUUUUCUGCCAGGUUUGCUGCCUCGGGAACAUUUUUCGCCCCCCUUUGUUGAUUUUCUGCCAGGUUUGCGGCCUCGGGAACAUUUUGACUUUCCGCCCCCCUUUGUUGAUUUUCUGCCAGGUUUGCUGCCUCGGGAACAUUUUCCACCCCCUUUGCUGAUUUUCUGCCAGGUUUUCUGCCUCGGGGACAUUUUCCGCCCCGCUCUGUUGAUUUUCUGCCAGGUUUUCUGCCUCGGGAACAUUUUCCACUCCCUUUAUUGAUUUCCUGCCAGGUUUGCUGCCUCGGGAACAUUCUCCGCCCCCCUUUAUUUUGUUGAUUUUCUGCCAGGUUUCUUUGCUGCCUCGGGAACAUUUUCCACCCCGCUUUGUUGAUUUUCUGCCAGGCUUGCUGCCUCGGGAACAUUUUCCACCCCUUUUAUUGAUUUUCUGCCAGGUUUGCUGCCUCGGGAACAUUCAGCGCCCCUUUGUUGAUUUUCUGCCAGGUUUUCUGCCUGGGGAACAUUUUCUACCCCCCUGAGUGAAUUCCUGCCAGGUUUGCUGCCUCGGGAACAUUUUCCACCCCCCUGGGUAAUUUUCUGCCAGGCUUGCUGCCUCGGGAACAUUUUCCGCCCCCCUCUGUUGAUUUUCUGCCAGGUUUGCUACCUCGGGAACACUUCCCACCCCCUUCGCGGAUUUUCUGCCUGCCAGGUUUGCUGCCUCCGGAACAUAUUCUACCCCCCUGAGUGAUUUUCUGCCAGGCUAGCCGCCUGGGGAACAUUUGCCACCCCCUGAGUGAAUUUCUGCCAGGUUUUGCUGCCUCGGGGACAUUUUCUACCCCCCGAGUGAUCUUCUGCCAGGUUUGCCGCCUCGGGAACACUUUCCGCCCCCCUAGUUGACUUUCUGCCAGGUUUGCGGCCUGGGGAACAUUUUCCACCCCCUUGCCUGACUUUCUGCCAGGUUUGCCGCCUCGGGAACAUUUUCCACCCCCUUGGUUGACUUUCCGCCAGGUUUGCUGUCUGGGGGACAUUUUCCACCCCCUUGGUUGACUUUCUGCCAGGUUUGCCGCCUCGGGAACAUUUUCCGCCUCCUUGGUUGACUUUCUGCCGCGUUUUCUGCCAGCUGGGAACAUAUUCUGCCCCCCUCUGUGACUUUCUGCCGCAUUAACUGCCUCCGCGGGAACGUUUUGCACCCCGCCCCCUGGUUGAUUUUCUGCCACCCGAGAACACUUUCCGCCCCCCUCUUGGACUAUUUGUCGCAGCUUCUGCCACCCGGGAACACUUUCCGCCCCCGUCUGUGACUUUCUGCCACCCGGGAACAUUUUCUGCCCCCCUCUGUGACUUCCUUGCCGCGUUUUCUGCUCACCGACCUGGGGACAUUUUCUACCCACCUCCGUGACUUUCUGCCACCGGGGAACACUUUCCGCCCCCCUCUUGGACUUUCUGCCGCAUUUUCUGACGAUCGGGAACAUUCUCCGCCCCCCUCUUGGGCUUUCUGCCGUAUUUUCUGCCACCAAGAACAUUUUGCCCACCCCUUCCCCUUGGACUUUCUGCCGCAUUUUCUGCCGAGCUCUGUGGUUUUCUGCUGAACUUUUCCCCCUCGCCGUCUUGUGAACAUUUUCCGUUUCCCUCUUGUGGUUGUGGCUGCGACUGAGACUCACAACCAGGGGAACUCUGCUGCCCCUCGUCCGCCAAAGCGAGCCAAAGUUCCCAGCGAAGAGAACUGGGGAGAAGAAACUCGCAGCCAAGCUAGUGCGCGGGGUCGUUGCUCUUUAUUGUUGUGACCUCAGUCAGCUGAGCCUUACAAAAGUUGCUGACUUUCAAGCCAUUGCCACGCUGCUGGUGCUAGCGUUAUCGCGUGCUUCUCAAGUUCCUCCUACAGGCUGCUCCGUUUUUGGUGGAUGUGCUUACCCUCAGUGCGGUCACGGUUGUGCUGUCGUGCUAAAUUAGGCGAAGCUAACACAGGCUGGGGCCUCCUCUGUUUAAUGGUAAGGAAGCGAAACAAAAUUGCCUACAUAGCUAGAAAUCCCGUAAGGCCCAGGGGGUCCCUUUCUCGACCCCCUCCCUCCCAAUGUGGUCUGGUCUGUGGUGGCGCGCCCGCGCGCUUUUCCGCACGGAUUUUUCGCGGGUUCUAGUUUUGGGAGGCGUCAAGACUUGACGUGGGCCGCCGCCUGGGCCUCCCAGCGUGUUCCAAAGGGGCCGCCUCGCCUCUGCUGACCCUCGCAGGCGGGAGGGGGCCUCCGGGGUAAAAGGCCCCCGGAGGCGGCCACGGUCGCAAGAGCAAGCAAGCCGAUGACCAAGGGCCCGGCGGGUACAGGCGGCACGGCUCAGGGGGUCCAGCCCCUCGCCUUUUGCCGUCUUUGGGGGCCUUCCGUUGCCGGCGCACUGUUGCGGCGGCAAAGCUUAACGGAUGCACUAAGGGCACAGGCAGGCAUCUGGACGGGGGCGCAGGUGAUCCCCUGGGCCCCUUUUGCAGCCUCCCACCACCAUCGGGGCCCCUCAAGUCUGUAGGGUACAUGCAAACGAGAAGGGGGCAGCCCCUUGGCCUCCUUUUGGGGCCUUCUGCCCCCGGCAGACGCCUCCAAAAGGGGCCCAGGGCGGCCGGCCCCCCACCCCCGCUAGGGGGGAGGGGGGGGCGUCGCCUUGCGCCCUGGCAAAUAUAUUGCGUGAGUUUAGUGCAAUCCUUCUACUUACCUCCACAAGCGCUGACCGAUGUGCGUCUAGAAUAGAUGGGCCACUAAUCUACAAGAAUGCGCGGGCUUCCUCUCACUUGGUCCCAGUGGGUCCUCUCCCUCUCCUCUUUGCAUCUGAUUGAAAGAGCCCGCUGCUCUUAUGUUAAUUCGAGUAAAUUGCGACUUGGUUUCGUGAGUAGAGAAACCCCUCGUCAGUUGAUAAGAGUUGUUGGCCAGUCGUUCGCCCAGUUCGGUCGUAUUGUUCGGUUGUAUGACUAUCACUGCGUUGCCUGCACUAAGGAGCGAGAUUGUCAUUGUAAGUUUUGACUCGCAACAAGAGCAUCCUGCUGCUCAGUGUCUCGGCUCGAACAAUACAAGCCCUUUUUUGCAUUGCACUGGUGUUAUCAUGCUGCUGGCUCAAGGCCGAGCUAUCCCAAC